GCUGGUCUCAUUGACGUGGUAUACAUUGUGACUCUGGCAGAGACCUUUCCGCGCAACCUUGGGCCCGUCGUUGCUCUUGCGAAGGUACUGACCGGGCUUGGCUCCUCCGUGCUGGCCUCCAUUAGCGUGAACCUCUUCGGCGACAACAUCUCCGGUUUCAUUUACGCCAUCAUGGCGUACUCCGUUGUUGUGUGCGGCGUGGCAGCCUUUGUGGUGGUCCUGCCACCGUACUUCAUCAACGGAUGGCGGCGCCGCAGGAAGAGUGCGGAGCAGCUUGCUGCCAUGGCGGCCCUGGAGCCUGCGUAUCGCCGCAAGUUUGUUCCUGUGCGCCGCCUUGGCGUCGGUUACUUUGUUGCGAUUUUGCUGCUGAUCUUCUUCACCGUCCAGUCGCCCGUGGUGAGCUACACGAAGGUGUCGAGGGGGGGUUCGGUCGCCCUUGGUGUCAUUACGAUUGCGCUUGUGCUGUGUUUCUUCCUGAUGCUGCUGCCUCUUCCGUGGCUGGGCGGCAUGGAAGGCAGUGCUGAUGAAGAGCCCGUGCGGGCUAAUGAGGCGGAGGAGGAGGAUGGCUGUGGCAAGGGGGUUGACCCCGCUACUACAAACGCCAUCGUGCCAAACAUGCCGGAGAAGGAGCGGGCCGCCUUGCCAGAUGGGGUCACAAGUGUGUCUGACGGCGCUGUGGAGGUUCCGCGGGAUUUCCGCUAUGACGGCACCGUGUGGGAUAACUUAAAGCGACUAGACAUCUGGUUGAUAUUCGUUGCGUUCAUGUGUCAGAGCGCCAUGGGUGUCAUUGUCGUUUACAACGCAAGUACCAUUUCCGUGGCGUUGACUGGGCGUAAGCGGAGCCAGCAGACCUCCGCGCUGUACACCGCGUUCCUCGGAGUGUCCAGUAGCGUUGGGCGGAUGUCGAUGGGGAUGUUCGAAGCCUUUGUUCAGCACCAGCCCCCCAACAACCGCCGGUACAUGGUGACGCUCGCUUUGCCUCUUUCGCCGCUCCUUGCUGCCAUCGCCGGCGUCUUGCUUCUAACGCUGCCAGGGGAGGCCAUCUUGUUCCCUUACAUCAUCGUGUACUUUGAGGAAGGUGUCUUUGCCGCUGUUGGUGCUGUGAUGUUUCCGUCGCUGUUUGCAAACGACCAUGCUGUGUACUACAAUGUUGGCUUCCUGACAGCAGUGUUUUCCGUCGUAGGGUUUAACCGUUUUCUCUUCGGCUACGUGGUGGAUGCAAAGCACGCCAGCUUGGGGUUUGGCCCCAAGGAGGAAUGCAGCGUGCCGGAGUGCGUGCGCCUUCCGAUCAUCGUCGCCACAUGCGUGGCGGCUGUGGGAGCUCUCCUCUCGCUCGUUGUGCACAUCCGCUACAGUCGAUUUGUUCGUGAAGUUCGUCGUGAGAUGGAGGAAAUGAACUGA